AUGUCACGAGUUAAUCUUCAUCCAUUAGAGGCAUCAUCCAUUGCUGAAACAUCUGUCGAAUAUCAACGUAAACAAUGGAAUGCUUUAAAGAACGAAAUUAAUCGUCUUGUUAAUGAAGCAAAUCAGACAAACAUAUGCUCGAUUCUCAAACAAUUAUUUAAACAGAACAUUGUUCAUGGUACUGGUUUGUUUACUCGAAGUGUAAUAAAAGCACAAGCAGCAUUACCUGGUCAUACAUCUGUAUAUGCUGCAUUAGUGUCGGUUAUCAAUCUAUGGAUAGAACCAGUUGGUAUAUUAAUCGGCCAACGACUAAUAUCAUCGUUUCGUCGACAAUAUAAAAGUAAUGAAAUAGCCAAAUGCUUAUCAACAAUAAAAUUUGUCGCACAUUUAGUUAAUCAAAAUGUGUUACAUGAAAUAAUUGCAUUACAGUUAUUACUUUUUUUACUCCACAAUCCAUCUGAUGAUGAUGUUGAAUUAGCGAUUGAAUUCGUAAAAGAAUGUGGACAAAAAUUAUCUCAAGUUAAUCCACGUGGAUUAAAUUCUAUAUUUUCAACAUUCAAAGAUCUACUUAAAAUAUCAUCAAACGAACGUACACAAAAUAUGAUUGAAGCUUUAUUUGUUUUACAAAAAGAUAAAUUUAAAGAAAAUCCGGCUAUUUCAACAGGUCUUAAUUUUGUGCAUGAAAAUUAUCAAUGUACACAUAUGAUUCCAUUAGAAUGCGGUGAACCUGUACCAUUCCUUGCUGCAUUUACAUAUGAUCCAAAAUAUAAAGAACAUGAAGAACAAUAUAAGGUUAUUCAAAAACUGUUUUUUCAAAAUUGUAGUGAUGAUGAAAAAUAUGAAGAAAAAUAUAAUGUUACUCGAAAAAUAUUUUUUCAAAAAAGUAGUGAUGAUGAAAAUGAAUCAAGUUCAAUGGAUACGAACGAUGAAAAUAAGUCAAAUUUAUUGGAUAUGGAUGAUGAAGAUGAUGGAAAAAAAGCUGUUGGCGCAAUCCCUUGCGGGAUUAAAAAUGUGAAACACGAUGAACCUAUUGUUACUAAUUAA